CGAUCGCUGUCUGUAUUCUACUUGUCAUAAUAUUUCCUGAUUCGGUCCCAGAUCACCUGGUAGACUUGUGUAUUCUGGACCAGAAUUGUCUUCGUGCGAAACUUGCAGGAAUUUCUAUCAGCGGUAUAUACACGUACAUAACUGAUUUGAAAUACGGUUACUAGUAUGCCGAAGUUGGGUAAGGCCUACCCAGGAAGGGAAGGGCCUCCCACUGUGUGUCGCUGUGGAAAUGAACCGGAUUCCAACGAGAGUCAGCAUGCCGCCAGUCCAGUGAGACGAGCUGUCGGAGACCAAAGGCGAGGCAGUGCUACCUCAGGAGAAUCGGUUAAUGCAACCUCGGUGACACGUGUGGAAGAGCCAAUGGAUGUGGAUUUGUCGAAUGAAGAAUCACAAGACACAAACAGACAGAAAAGGAAGAGCCACAAUGAUGCUCCAGCAAAAGACAGCCACUUGCAAGAUAUGGCCAAUUCGCUGGAGCAACCAGUUUGUCACGGAACAUCGCCAGAUCAACCUUGCAAUACCCCAAUCACAACUGAACACUUCUGUGAAUCAUGUGGACAGAAGAACAAAUACAUCCAAUGCCUUGGAAGUAGAAAAGAUGAUGCUUCACCUUGUAAGACAUUUGUGGAACCUGGUCACUCAUGUCCAUGCUGUGGACAACAUGCCAAACCAACAACUGCUAGCGCUGUAGUAGAAAAAAAGCAGAUUACGGAGAUGUCAGUCAAUCUGAGGCCCUGUUACCAAAAAAAUGUCAAAGAAUCAGAGCUGCGUGGAAAACCUACUGCUCAACAUGAUGUCGAAAAUCAUGGAAAAAUUGACAGCAUAAAUGUUCCAAGGAAAAAUGAGCGGGAUUGCACUCAUCCGGUGGGAAAAGACAGAGCAACUAAUCUUGGGAAAACUGACAGCAAAAAUAACCUGGGAAAAAAUGACAGCACAAAGAGUUUGGAUGAAGAUUGUCCUCAGACUGAAGAUAUCUCAACAUUGGAAGUGGCUAGUGGAGGUGCCAGUGGCUCAGACAACUUUGGUGCAAUGACUCAUCCUGCAUCAAAGAAGGUCUUCGGUGAGCCUAUUGCCAAUGGCAGUAAAAUGUUCAAGAACAGGUCACUGUCGGGUGAAAACAAGACAGAAGUGGAUGGCGGAGAUGCAUCAGCCACUACAGCCGAGGAACAAAAAAAUCAGAGGUCUGAGAGUGCCUGUCAAUCUCAAACAACAAAAGAGACUGGAGAUGCUGACCAAAGUAAGACAAACACAGAGGCUGCUAAAGGAGAAAGUGACAGCUUGGAGAGCAAAGACCCACAUGAGAUUUCCAAGGAGGAUGGUACUACCAAUUGUGCAGAGCCAUCUGAUCCGAAAACUGAGCAUGAAUUGGGGGAUGAAGGAGAGGAUGCUAAGAAUGGCAACCAAGAAAGUCAAGGUGCAGGUGCUGGGCAUGAAAAUGAAAGCGGGGGAAAGCCAUAUAGGAAAGGCCAAGAGAAGAAUUUGGUAGAAGGAACAAAAACAACAAGGGGAAACAAGAAGGAAAGUAAGAAGGGGAAAAACAAAGAAAAUACAACUGUUCACACAUCUCAGCACUUGCAAACCAAAGGCAAAACUCAAGGAAAGCGACAAGUUCGUUUUUAUGUUGCAUUGCACAAGGAUUUCCAUUAUAACCAUGCAAAUGAUUCAGUGUGCAUCAGAUUCCAUCAUCCGCAUCUUGGUGGAUUUGCUGAAAGUAAACAUCGUAUGGAGAAAGUGAAGGACUUUAGUGAAGGGUAUGUUCUUUUUGAACUUACCGUUGUGAUGCCUGACAGUAUCACAUGCCGACUGCAAUACAAAUACGUGUUUUUUCAUCAGACGGACAAAAAUGCGAAGCCAAAUUUCUUGUAUGAGUGGAUACCUGGCUAUAACAAAAAAGAACAACCUUCUCACAAUCGGAUUCUUGAUAUGACUAAGCUUCAAAAAGAUGUCUUGCAUCAGUAUGAUGGUCUGAUGCAUCCUCCUGCUGAAGGCAUUAGUUGGUGGGAAAAAGUUAAAAAGACAUUCACUGGAACAUCGCACAAAGAACAUAAAGAACAUAUGGAUGAAGUGAAGGAAGUCACCCUUGCUAUGCUACCAAGAUGGCAUUAUUUCUACUGUGAGACCAGGGAAGAUCAGGAACUGAUAGCAGCUAAUGCCGAGGAAGUUGUUGAACGUAUCAGCAGUGUCUAUAGAUACAUGGAGAGCUCGUUCAAGAAUGAAGAUCAGCAAACAAAGAGUAACAAAUGGAAAGAGAUUCUGUGGCAGUACCUUAAACCAUGGAAAGACCAUACAAGAACUCAACUUGCGGGGAAACACCCAACCAAAGAAGAGGCAAAAAUACACCUGGUAUCUGCACUUUCUGUUGUCGACUUGAUAUGCAAGUUUGAUGGACAUAUCCUUGCAGAUUUGGCUGAUCUUGACCUGGUACUCGAUUGUCUGCUGCUCAGGCCUGAUGAAAAUGGAGACAUCCGACAUGUAAUCGAAUGUGUUCGCGAACAUUUCAAGGAUCCAAUGAAAUCCCUUUUGGGUCCACUUCAGUCGAUCAUCAAGUUCCUGGUGAAUAAAGUUGCAGAAGCCCACAUUGCUCAGAAGUGGCUCUACAUUGUCCCAUUAAUCCACUUGUUGAUGGAAGACUCAUGCCAGCAAUAUUGUGACGAGCAUCAAACUGCUCAAUGGUGGGGCGUAUGUUUGUUCAAUGAACAACAAGAGAAAUUUAAAAGGAACAUGGAGUUUGGCAGUGAAUUGCAACUUGACUUUUUGGUUGAGCAGUUGUGCCCUCUUUUUGGUGUAGACCCCUUGUUACCUAGAACUCUGAUGACCACACUGAGCUGGAAACACCUACUAGAUGCCAUUCCUCUGCCUUGCUUUCCACCGGAUGCUUGUAUCGCAUUGUGCUACCACUUCAUCAAAGUGAAGGAUUUUAUACUCUACAGGGAAGAUCAGCAGGUGAUUGAGAAGUGUUUUGAACUGGUAGUUGACAAGAUCGAGGGUCUUCAAAGUGAACCUGUUGAUGUGGUCCUGGAUAGUCAUGACGAAAGAAUAAUGAAGUCUGACAUUCUUUUAAACAUCUCUAUGAAUUUGCUGGAACUGUUGAUCAAGGAAACAAGUGUAGGCUGUAGAUGGUAUCAGGAGAGGAUUAUGGUAGCUGAUGCAGCCGGAGUUCUUGCUGCAAGUAUGAAAUAUUGCAGUCACCUCAGGAAGUUGUUGUCAGUGCAAGAUCAAGAGUUUUCUUUGAGGUUUCGAAGCACCCUGAUAGUUGCCCGAGAUAGGAUCGUGAAUUGGCUGUCUUUGGUGUUACCAAGGAGGAUCAAAAUGCACAACAUGUCUUUUUUUGAUGAUCAUUUGGAACCACAGGUAAAAUUGUCCUAA